UCAUGCUGUUGCGUCGCUAAGUAACAAAACCAGGAAGUGAAAGUAAACAACGGAUUUGAGGAGGAAAAUGAUUCAGUCUUCAAAAGAAUAGAAUGAAUGCGUGAUUUGGCAGAUUUUCUGGGCAGAGAGCACGGCCUUUUUUAUAUUUCUCUUGAAAAGACACAACAGCAGACUAAUAGGAUUGUAUUUUAAGCUGAGUUGAAGCGACAGUUGCUAAUGUGAGCUAGCUUGAUACAGCGAAUUCCUGUGUUGUUUUGAUUUGUUUACAGGAUGAAAUGUCCCCGCGACUAUGGUUUAAACACUGCUCAUCAAUGUUAGAUUUAGCUAUGUUAGCCAUCAGGUCGUCAGAGGAGGAGUCCCCUGAGAUUGAGGAGAUGGACACCUCCGAAUCCAACUGGUGCUGGUUCUACCUAGCCGAGUGUGGAGUAUGGCAUAUGUUUGAGAUUGAUCCAAGUGCAGCCUGUUCAGUGACGAGUGCUCAGAUCGAACAGUGCUACAACAGGAACCAGCGUGGGAUCAUGGAAUUUUACACCGCCAAGUACACGUACAGACUCGACUUCUCAGUUAUGCGACAGAUAAACGUGACAACAGGAAAGCAGAGGCCAAUUAAACGCUCCCUCCAUUCUGCAACUGGCUUCAGGUUUAUCUGCGAUAACCUCGCCUUACCUGUUCCUUGUCACUGGGAGAGGAUCAAUACAGACGAGCCUUACCAGCUUAUUCAGCUUGGCAGAGACACAUAUGAGUUUAAAGAAGUAGCCAGACUUUACGAAAGGACCAUGGAUCAUCCAAUCAAAUCUAUCCAGAGGAUCCAGAACUUAGACUUGUGGGAGUUUUUCUGCAGGAAGAAGACGCAGCUGCGAAAAGUCAAGCGAACAUUGGACAUUGAGGAGCGAAUGCUGUUUCACGGCACAGGACACAGCAACAUACAAGCUAUAUGUACAUUUAACUUUGACUGGCGGCUGACUGGGAGUCAUGGCGAUGUUUAUGGCAAAGGGAGCUACUUUGCCCGCGAUGCCAAGUACUCCAGUAAGUUUUGCCACACCACAGGGAAACACAACACAACCUUACAGAGACACGGACUCACGCCGCCUAUAUUUGCCAGCGAGCCGCAUUUUAAGACCAUGUUCUUGGCCAGAGUGCUCGUCGGAGAGUACACGGUGGGCCAUCCCAUGUACUGCAGACCUCCCUCCAAGGAUGCCAGCUUCACUAACUUUUAUGACAGUUGUGUGGACGACAUGGCCAAUCCAAAGAUCUAUGUCAUUUUUGACAGCAAUCAGAUUUAUCCGGAGUAUCUGAUUGAAUUCUACUGAAAAACUCUUCUCUUUUUUUUUAUUGUUGUUGACUCUGAGCAAUUAAAAAAGAUGAAAUGGUGGAAAAACGCACCGAAAAACAUCUUCAGAGAUGGGCCUUUUUCUUUGUUCCAUUUGGAGCAACUGCCUGACUGGAAGGGGAAUUGAUCAAAGUGCCUUUGGAGAGUCUGAAAAAGCAGGAUCGGGAUCUUCUGACUGAAGCGCGCACAUUUCAUUCAGUUUGAACCAUCUACAGGAACUUGCUUGUUCAACGUACAUGUGAACAGUCAAAACUAGAGUCACUCCUGCAGCUUUUAGAUUCGAAGUGAUGUCAAACCUUAGGCCACACCCCUUCCUUUACACGCACUGUGCCGCACACAUGCAUCGUCCCAAAAAUGGAGUUAUUUUGUGUUGUGACGCACUGGAUGCAGUGCAAUACAGAUGAGAGUCUGAGCACCAAUAAGUCUUCUAGAAUAUUCCCUCAUUUAACAACUGUGGGAGUUUAAUUUCUCUCUGAUUCUUAUGGGUUAUGAUGAGAUUUAAACAUUUCAAGUAUUAUUCAGAAAUGUUCAUAGUCUAUUGUGCUGACUAGUGCCGUCCCCUGAGCUUUUUAUGAUUAUUUAUUUUUGUCACAAAAGCUUCUACCUCUUCAUCCUCGAGCCACACAUGAGUGCACUUUUCAUCCUUUCUGUGAAAGGUUCUUUAACUGUGUCACACUGACAUUUGGGUUCUGAUGUCAUGUUCUCUCGUCAUCUCCCAGCCUCACAGUUUGGACGCUACGUUCACUGUCCUAUCAACUUUCUGUCGUUUCAAAUGAGAUUUCUCUCAGAGAAGACCAUCAUCGCACUUCGACUCCUUAUUUUGAGGACCAAGAAAGUUCCAUUUUUGCCCUAUGUGUACAUUUGAAAAAGAAAAAAAAAAAGAGCCAAGCUGCCAGCACACGAGUGCUUUAGCAUACCACCCAGUGUUUAUUGCUUUUCUGUGUCUUUUCGACUCAUUGUGUAACUCUCUUCUUGGGACCGUCUUGUUCAGAACGUUAAGAAGUCGCCAUGUAGAAGAGACGAAUAGGAAAUGCAUUUUGAAACUUUAAGCCGCUCGCGAUGCAAGAAAAAAAAUCCUUGUUCAGAGCUGCAGUGAAAUGAAUAUAUGUGCCAAUUAAUAAAAUUUCAAUAUAGCA